AAGAACCAUGCCGGAAGCCACGAUGAAUAAAACCGACUACAAUGGCACGCAAACCACUUACAGAGUCGCCAUUGCUCUCAACAACAUAGGAGUCGACCUCCUUGAGAAAGGUUGCUUCUCCCAAGCCUGUGAUACACACAAAGAUGCCGUUGGAGUGAUAAUGGAGGCUCACAAGGUCGCAGAACAUGUCCAUCCCAUGAUCAUUGCUUUCCACCGCAACGAUUUGUCAAACUUGGUCCUGAUCAAAGACUGUCUUCAUGCAGCUCUCACUCGUGUUUGCAUCUCGCGCGACCCUUCUCGCGAGACUCAUCCCAACAGUCGGAUUAAUGCAAUAAGUGACAAGAAUGUCGCGCAAACGCUGGAGAAGAUGGGUCAGGUCUUCAAUCGGAGUGCAAGCCAACCGAGUACGACAUUUACCUACUCGCCGGUCAAGAUCGACUCAGGAAAAAGUAUCUCUGAUGGCCUUUUACAGUUCAGUCUCGAUUUUGAAACAAGUGUUAUCCUUUUCAAUUUUGCGAUUGCCCACCUUUGUCUGGCCGAGACUGUCGAAGAUUCAAAAUCCGCCGAAACUCAUAUGCAGAUUGCUCUGCAGCUUCUUUGCUAUGCAAACGAUAUAGCUGCUGUAAAGUGCUACGGAGGCGAACAUCUUGAGGCACUGAAUCUCACUGAUCCUUUCCAUCUCUAUCGCCUGCUGCUUUUGAUGGCUAUGAUUCUGCAAAAUACAGUACGUUUGUUUUGUGUUUUGGGGAUGGAUGACCGUGCUGGCGAAGCAGCUCAGCGCUUCUUCGAUUUGGAAAGUGUUGCAUUACAGCAUCGAGAGGUCUUAAGGCUUUAUAUAACAUCAGCUUCCGCGGCAGCUUGAGGUCAGGCUCUUUAAAUUCCAUGUACAAUAAACAUUUUGCACCCUCGGCACAAUCAGCAUAGCAAUCGCUGGUUGACAUAAUGAACGCAGAGCAUAGCGGUGGUCUUUAAAUAGGCUGCAGAAUACACGCAUGCGUGAAAAUUCUCAUUUGUUGAAAGAAUUUUGGGCUCCACUUACU